CCUCCAUCCACUCCCAUCCGUCUGUUUCCCGCUCAAUUCAUGCCGCUCGCCUCGCGGUGAUACCCCCCUCUUCCUCUCCUCUUUCUUUCACUUCCCUUAAUUAUCAAUCCCAACUUCCCCCCCCUCUCGCCCGCCAUGUUUCGCUCCGCACCUCGAGCUAUCCUCCGCGCACCGGCCGUCGCAGUCCGUGGCCCGGCUACCAGACGAUUGAUAAGCACCAACACACCCGCCGACUCCAAGCCGAGGAGUUGGAAGAACACCGCUGCCCGCUUGGGUCUGGCCAUUGGCGCCGUCUACUACUACAACACGAGCCCCUACUUCGCUCAAACCCCGUCCUUCUCUCUUCUCUCCCAAUCCAAGUCCGACUCCGUCGAAGCCGAAUCCUCCCUCACCAUCGACUCCAUCAAGCCCAAGAUCCGCGAACAGAAGAAGUCCUCGGCUCCUGCUCCUGCUCCCACUCCUGCUCCUGCUGCCCCCGAAGCCCCUCAAGAUGAUGCGCAACAACCCUCCCCCGAAGCCGCUACGCUGAAGUCCCCCGAGGAGCUCGAGGCCGAGGCCGGCCAGGAAGGCGCCUUCAACCCCGAGACCGGCGAGAUUAACUGGGACUGCCCUUGCCUGGGCGGUAUGGCCCACGGACCUUGCGGUGAGGAGUUCAAGGCUGCUUUUAGCUGCUUCGUGUACUCCUCUGAGGAGCCUAAGGGUAUUGACUGCAUUGAGAAGUUCAAGGGCAUGCAAGACUGCUUCAGACUACACCCCGACGUGUACGGCGCUGAGCUCGAAGAUGACGAGGAGGCUGCUCCCGCUGCUGCCGUCCCCGAGGCCGGUGACGAGCAGCCCGUGACGGCCGCUCAGAUCGACGCCGCCUCCCACCCCGAGGAGAAGCGCGUCCAUGCACAGGAGAUCAACGCCCAGACGAAACAGGAACUCGCCGAGAAGGGCGAGCUGGCUGAGGCGGAGACCUUGGUGCCCAAGGCGGCUCACGAUGCUGUUCCCGAGACGGAGAAAUAAGCAAUGAAUAUACCAUAUCAGACAGGAUGGAAUUGGAAAGAUGCAGCAUUGGAAUAU